GGGCAGCUGCGCUCUCACCAGGGUCCCGGGCCUGCCUUCCUGGAGGUGUGAGCGGCCCGGAGCCGGUGGCGGGGUCAGAUGUGGACCUGGUUUCGGCUCUGCCUCCGCCUCCUGCACUGUGAGAUGGGACGUCGGGUCAGGAAGUCCAAAGCCAAGCCCAACGGGAAGAAGCCCGCCACCGAGGAGAAGAAGGUAUACUUGGAGCCAGAGUACGCCAAGUCCAGGAUCACGGACUUCGGGUUCAAGGAGCUGGUGGUGCUGCCCCGGGAGAUCGACCUCAACGAGUGGCUGGCCAGCAACACCACGACGUUCUUCCACCACGUGAACCUGCAGUACAGCACCAUCUCGGAGUUCUGCACGGGGGAGGCGUGCCAGACCAUGGCCGUGUGCAACACACAGUACUACUGGCACGACGAGCGCGGCAAGAAGCUGAAGUGCACGGCGCCGCAGUACGUGGACUUCGUCAUGAGCUCCGUGCAGAAGCUGGUCACCGACGAGGACGUGUUCCCCACGAAGUACGGCCGCGAGUUCCCCAGCUCCUUCGAGGCCCUGGUGAAGAAGAUCUGCAAGUACCUGUUCCACGUGCUGGCGCACAUCUACUCGGCGCACUUCAAGGAGACCCUGGCGCUCGAGCUGCACGGACACUUGAACACGCUUUACGUGCACUUCAUCCUCUUCGCCCGCGAGUUCAACCUGCUCGACCCCAAAGAGACGGCGGUCAUGGACGACCUGACGGAGGCGCUGUGCGGCGGGGGCGGCGGGGACGGGCCGGGCGGGGCGGCGGGCGCACAGAACCACGUCAAGGAGAGGUGAGCCCGGCGGCGCCCACGCCGGGGGAGCGGCGGCGCGCCGCGCGCGUCCGUGUCUGUGCGCGCACGGAUUGUGCGCACCUUGGACUCCGCUCGUCCGUGGCAGACACUUCCGGGGCCGCCCGUCCGAGUCUCCCUCUAGGGUCUUCCGCGUCCGCCCCGCCCCCGGCUGGGCCUUGGCCUCCGGGGAGACACGCAGCGGGGCGGGGGGCCCUUCCCCGAGGCGGGGGCCGCAGGCUUCGCUUCCGCCGCCCUUGGUCUUGGCUCCGGUUGGACUGGCUUUUAGAGACCCUAGCCUGGCUUUCUCCUCUCUCCGCCCGAUCUGGACUCACUCUGGCUCAGGGCCGGCUGGAGGGCCAGGGAGGCCGGGUGUCUGGAGCUCCGCGAGCUGCAGUGUCUCCCUCCGCUGCCCUCACUGCCCAGGAGGGGCCCCGGGCCAGCCAGGGUCCGGGCCGCGGUGCCCGGGGGGCGGCCUGUGUGGAGCCGCGGCCGGGGGUUAGGAGAGCCUGGCGUCCCUGUGCGGGUGUAAUAAAGAGACUUCUCUCAGGUCA